AUGUUCACCGUGCAGCUAGGUCUGGUCACAGCAGCAGCAGCAGUUGCAGAUGAUAAGAAUGUUAUUAUAAUUAAUAGGGAACUGAGAGAACGGCGGCCACCUCCAUUUCGUCCAAAAUCACCACUUGCAAACCGACAACCAGGCAUGAGACUUCCUGCUCCCGAUCCUCCACCUCCUCCUCCUCCUCGCCCCGCCCUCGCUUCCAAACAACUUCAACAAUAA